AAUUUUGACCAUAUUCCUUUGGAAGACCAAAUCGUAUGCUUGUUUCCUGGUCAAGGUGCUCAGUAUGUAGGCAUGGGAAGCAAGCUCACCGAUUGUCCCCAAGCAAAAGCCAUUUUUGAUCGUUCUGCAGAAAUUCUUGGAUAUGAUAUCUUAAAGCUGUGUAUAGAGGGGCCAAAGACAAAGCUGGACCAGACCCUUUAUUGCCAACCAGCUGUAUUUGUAUCAUCAGUAGCAACCUUAGAAAAGUAUAAGGCCUCUGACGAAAGUAUAGCUGACCGUAUUACCGAUGUAGCCGGCUUCAGCGUUGGAGAAUUUGCUGCACUUGUUGCUGGAGGAAUUCUUAGUUUUGAUGAUGGCAAGUUGCAGAAUUUCCUGCUGACAAUGAGAUUUUUCACUCAGUCUUUAUCUUCAGCAUUGCGGAUAGUAGAUGCUCGUGCCAAAGCCAUGCACGAAUGCAAUCAACUAAUCAGGAGUGGAAUGAUGACAGUAAGAGUGAAUGCAUCGUCAAGACUCGAACAGGCUAUGGAAGAUGCAAAAAUGGAAUCCAGGGAGAAAGGUGAAAUGGAAGUAUGCGAGAUUGCAAACUACCUCUUCUGCGGAGUUCGUGUCGUUGGUGCUAGUGAAACGUGUAUGCGAUACUUGGAAGAGAACCAGAAGCGAUAUAAUUUCACGGUAAGUUGUUUCCUUCCCAGGUUAUACCUAUCUACGAUUUUGCCGGAAUGCUGCCUUCAAGGUUGGGCGAGGUACCGUGCUUGCUUCGAGUAUACCGUGCAUGUAGCGCUUUGGCUGUCAGUAUUAAAUUAUUCUCCUGCGGUGCCAUUUCAUCAGUGA